CACUGGACCUCUUUGGACAACUAUUGUUGGCACCCAUGCCGCCACGUCGUACAUAUGGGGUCUGAAGCCCGCCCUUCGCGGCCAGAGUUGAACCUCUGUGUUCUUUCCUCAAGCGCACGUGUUAGUGACGCAAAUCCCGCGGCUUUGGCCCCUUCCGAAGGCAGCUACGAACUCAAUGUUCUUCCCGAAAAAGCAAGGAACAUAGCCACACCCGAAGCGACACCUCAUGACGGCUGCGAUCAGAAUCAGACAGAGAACCGAACAGAGCUCUCUUCCGCUCCUCCAGACAAGAAAGAGAUGUCCCGCGCCCCGCUACUAGUGCGUUCAUCACCAGCACAGGGCACUGGGUCGUAUGGCGGUCUUCCAAUCCUUUCAUUAAGCUCCAGUCCAGGUGAUUCUGAUACCGACGACAAUCAUGUGACUAAUCGGAUCCUGUCACGAAGCAAAAGAAAAGGGAAGAGCAAACUUAGACACAGCGAGCCGGCGGUGGGGCAUUCUCGAGCAUCCUUUAAUCGCAGCCAAGAUGACUCAAUCCGGAGUGAGCCUACAUACACAACAUCGCGGACCCGUCGACGUGGCAUGAAGGACGGGAGCAGUAGCAGGACACCCGAUGAAACUAUUGAAAGGCAAGAAGAAUCUAGCUUGGAACCACGGUUCACCUCCGGGAGUGUUGCGCCGGCAGCUGGCGUGCCGCGCAUCUUCGAAAGUCUGCAGUCGUCCUCAAGCAGUAGCCAUCUGGAGGAGGACCACGACGACGAAGAUGACGAAGAAACCUCAGAAAGCGAUGGCUUGCACGAUGUGAAGAUAGAUGGCCAACCGUCCGAUAACUCUCCUUACGCUCAAGUGCGUGCUUCCGUCGCCGCCACUGACGACAUCUCACUGUCAAUCAACACACCUCGAAUGUGGACGCUCUCAAUCUUUUUCGCAAUAUUAGGCUCUUCCACAAAUUUGUUCUUUUCGUUGAGAUACCCGAGCGUUAGCAUUACCCCCAUUAUUGCUCUUUUGCUUGUUCAUCCCCUUGGUCUCCUCUGGGACCAAGUUCUUAAACGAAAUGGUGACCCCGACGAAACUUUUCUACAUGGAUCUAUCCAACGCAACCCAUCUCUUUCAGAUCGUACCAUAUAUGAGAAUGAAGGCCGACCCAAUUCAGCCCGUGCGUCCCAAAGGUUCCAACCAAAAGACCCCUGGAAACGACGACUUCGGCUUUGGUUCGCGCAGGGACAUUGGAACGAAAAGGAACAUUGCUGUGUAUAUAUCAGCAGUAAUGUAUCCUUUGGAUUUGCUUUCGCUACAGAUGUCAUUGUGGAACAAACUAAAUUCUAUCAUCAGGAUCUCGGAGUCACCUACCAGAUCCUCCUUACUCUUUCGACUCAGAUUCUGGGCUAUGCACUCGCUGGCCUCACUCGACAAUUUCUAGUUCGACCGAGUGGCAUGAUUUGGCCGAGCACCCUCGUCUCUACAGCCAUGUUCACUGCGCUACACAAAGACCAGAAUAAACCCGCCGAUGGCUGGACUGUAUCUCGUUCCAGAUUCUUUGUCCUUGUGUUCAGCGGGUCGGCUGCCUUUUACUUUCUACCCGGACUACUUAUGCCUGCUUUGAGUUAUUUUAGCGUCAUCACAUGGUUCGCGCCGAGGAAUGUCGUCGUUGCGAAUCUUUUUGGGAUAGCAUCUGGGCUUGGAUUAUUCCCCUUAACUUUCGAUUGGGCGCAAAUUGCUUACAUUGGCUCCCCUCUCGUCACACCAUUUUGGGCUGCCCUAAACAUCGUUGGUGGGCUCGUCUUGGUCAUGUGGAUUAUGGCUCCAUUGAUGUAUUAUGCGAACGUUAUGUUCUCCUCAUAUAUGCCUAUCCUCUCUGCAGCAGUCUUCGACAAUAGAGGGAAGCCGUAUGAUGUCAGCAAGAUCUUGACAGACAACUUCAUGUUUGAUAAGGAGGCAUAUCAGAACUACAGCCGAGUAUUUCUCCCUAUCACCUACGUCUUGAGCUAUGCGCUUCAGUUUGCUGCUCUUACAGCUUUGAUCUCACACACUGCGCUUUGGCACGGCAAGGACAUUUGGAGGCAAUGGCGUCGCUCUUGGGCAGAGGUUCGAAGAAGGCCAAGCGCAGCCUAUGAGCCACUGUCAAGUGGCCCUGAAAGAAAUGGCUUCGCUACUUCGGCGAGGUUGCGCAGGACAAGCAUAACAGCAUCAGAACCCGAACUUGAGGAUCUACUCAAUGUAGAGGACGUCCAUAACCGGCUAAUGCGGCGAUAUGACGAUGUGCCAAUUUUCUGGUAUAUCAUGACUGGUGUAAGCAUGACUGCGAUUGGCAUAUUCGUAGUCGAAUACUACCCUAUUCACCUGCCGUGGUACGGCCUGUUGCUCGCACUAAGCAUAGGCGCUACCUUAUUCAUUCCAAUUGGUAUUGUAAUGGCGAUCACAAACCAGCAGAGUAGUCUGUACCUUAUUUGCCAACUAAUCUGCGGCGUUGCUUUUCCAGGCCGUCCAGUCGCAAAUAUGGUCUUCACAACCUAUGGCUACAUUACCUCAACCCAAGGUCUUAAAUUCUCGUCGGAUCUCAAACUUGGCCACUAUAUGAAAAUACCACCACGAAUUCUUUUCAACCUUCAGCUGUCCGCAACCAUCAUUUCUAGUCUUACACAGAUUGGUGUCUUGAAUUGGAUGCUCGCCUUCAUCCCCGGCAUAUGUACACCCCAAGCAAUCAACGGCUUCACAUGCCCUAUAGCUCGCGUCCAUUUUAACGGAAGUAUUCUCUGGGGCGUUGUUGGCCCCCGCCGUUUCUUUGGUCCCGGUACACUUUACCGCCCCCUAGUGUGGGCGUUUCUUGUCGGCGCUGUAGCUCCCAUCAUCCUCUGGUCCCUCGCUCGAAAUAACCGCAAAUCAAUUCUGCGGAAGGUCAAUCUUGCUGUUGUGUUCGGGUCCUUAAGCUGGAUACCUCCCGCCACUGGCCUCAAUUUCUCAGUUUGGGCUAUUGUGUGCUACAUUUUCAACUACGAGAUCCGGAAGCGCAAGAUGGCAUGGUGGAAGAAAUAUAACAUGACGUUGAGCGCGGCUUUGGAUAGCGGGUUGGCAGUCGGAGUGGUGGUGAUUUUUUUUGGGAUUGUGUUCCCCGGAUGGAUGAACGGGUUUAAGUGGUGGGGGACGGAGGUGUAUAAACAGGGCUGCGAUUGGCAGGCUUGCCCUUACAAAACGGUACCUGCUGGCGAAAUUUUUGGGCCGCAUAAAUGGUAAAAUGGGUGGUUGCAUUGGAGAUUGGAGUUGUUUUGAGAAUCAGAUCAUGGAUGCAUGUAUGUUUGCUGGCUUGGCCUGUCCUUGACCUGCACUCUCGUAGUGGACUAUCUCGGUUCCUCCAGAGGAGCUAGGCUUCGCGCAACAUGCGCACUGUAGCCCUUCUCUUAUAUACGCU